AUGACUAGUCAGCCUUUUACUCUCAAUUUAUUGUUUGGUAUUGUCACUCUAUGCGGUAUUGUUCUACUUCUAUUCAGGCCUAGGAUUGAUGUUAGAAUCAUGGGAAUGUAUCAGUCCAGAAAGACUGUCUUUACGAUCACGGCUAAUGCAAUUGCAGUGCUUAUUGUCACCUUGAUUAAUUUUAUCUUAUUCGUCAUUGAUAAAGAAGGCUUCUUUCAAUGGUGCGUUACUUCUUCAGCAAGUUACGUGGCUGAAGUCUAUGAUCAAAUGAACAGCAACUCAACAAAAGUACCACCAAUCACAUUGGAAAGUGGAUCUGAUCUAUAUAAUUGUGAGAGACUAUAUGAGGAUGAAGUUAAAUGGGCCUUUUUAUGCUUUGUAGUCAUGUCAAUCGUUUAUAUUCAUUGGAUACUCAUCGUUGCAGCAAGAACAACCUAUCAAUUCUUCAAUCGUAUUGAUUUACCACAACAGCCAAUAAUACCAACAGAGUAUGGAAAUAUGGCACCAUCAUCCAAAAAGUACACACAAAGGAAUACAGGGCCAUCAAGGAAUCUGCUAAAGACUUUGUUGACUCAUAAGCAAUAUUCAGAACAUAUACCAGAGCAAAACAACAGUAAAACAUUAAUAAGAGAGAAACUAAGUGUGGAAGAAUUGAUGAAUGGUACUAUUAAUGUAUAA